CAUAAAACAUAAAAAUGGUGAUUUUCAUUGAAUGGUAUGUACACUUCAGACACUUCAUGAGUGCCAGAGGGGAUAAGAGGACAUGGCAGACUGGAGAGGUCACUUCCAACAAACAGACAGAUGGAAACUCCUGUGGUGUAUUUGUCUUGAUGAAUGCAGAGGCAAUUAUGGAAGCAACAACACCCUUGAUAAUGAGGCAAUGUCAUGUUGGAUUCUUCAGAAAGUAUGCCCUUAAGAAGCUACUACAGAGCCCAUCUGGAGCAAAGAAAACAUCCUGUGACUUGCCUUUUUGUACAAACACGGACAAAUCUCAACGGAUCAGCCAGUGUGGGCAGUGUGAUAAGUGGGCUCAUCCCAAGUGUUUGGGUCUACCGUCCGACAAAAUGCAGUCUCCAAGCCUCUGUGUGUUUUGUUAGUGUAACACAUGUGUCACAACAUUGAAUAUGAAACUAGUUCUCAAUAUUAUAAAUUAUGCCAUGGUGCGUCGUCCAUCCGUCGUUCGUGUCAACUUUUCCUUUUAAAAACUACUAGUCAUGAACAACCCACGAUACUUAACUUGGUCUGGAGCACCCCUAGGCUAAGUGCAUUCAAUUUUGUAUAAAUGGUGGGUGUGGCCUUCCUGGGGGCAGAGGGGCGGGCCCAAUAGGGGAAAUAGGGGUAAAACCUUUAAAAUUCUUCUUCUACCAUUGGAAUAAAAACAUUUUAUUCUGAUUUAAUCUGGAGCAUCUUUG